CCGUGGCUGAAUAUUCGAGUCUAUUCGAGUCUAUUCGAGUCUAUUCAACGGCACCAAAAAUGAUUCAAUUUUCAACACAAAUAAAGCCUUCCCAUCCCAAAUGUUUCAACAAAAAACGGUUGAAGGAAAAGAAGCUAUUCGUAAAUGUUUCAAGAUAAGGGAUUUCCAUUACUUUCUUUCAGAUUUGCCUCUUACUGCCUUAUCUAGUUACUUAAUUUCACUUCUUUUCCGUUUGCGGCCUUGGCGAAGAGAGAGCUGGCGUACAAUUCGACUUGUCGACAUGCUGCAUGAUGCAAGAAAUAAUGGAGUCCCUCUUCUUUUCUCCCCUCCUAUCGAUCUUUCCAACCGCUUGAAAUUCCAUAUCCAGACUCCCACUCCAUUUGUCCAAGAAGAAAAUAUGAUCAAAUAUAUGACAGACUAUUUCUUUACAAGCCUUAUUGACUGCUGCACAUGUGGGAAAAAAGGUACGGUACCAAACUUUUCCUUCAUCAUCACGAUGUACUUCCAUGCUUCAUGUUUUCCCAUUCAGCCAUAUACUAUAAUAUUGAAAAGCUCAACAGAUAUCUAUCCGUAAUACAAACUAUCAAUACACCACAGCGACAUACCGGCACCAUUACAAAUGAAUUUAUCUUACAGCCGCAGUAAGACGCCAAAAAAACCUUUUAUUAACCUUGGAAUUUUGCCCGAUCCUUUAUCUAUAGAGCUUAAGCAGGAAUCAGGCUGUCGUGCAACCCUCUUCGAAGACGGCAAUUCAGAUACCUUACCUCUUUAAGCCAUUCUCUCAUCUAUGGGACUCUUUGAUGAUGCGGAGAAGGGCUGGCAAUUGGUCAAAUGUACCUGUAUGAUAUAUAAAGUUAAGUUUUCUUCUUUUGGAGUAUUUCCCAUGCCACCAUUCUUCAAUUAACCAACCAUUCAUCGAUAACUCCAAUCACUACUUCUUUUCGGACAAUACUCCGUAUCCUAUCAGAACGAGAUGUUGGAUCACUUACUAACUUUCUUUCAAGUGCUUACGGACUGAAAAUUCCAAAUUGGCGCGAUGCAUACAGAAUAACACAAGGCAAAUAAGCCACACCAGUUUCGUCGGGCACAACCAUCACUCCUUUGAGUUACGAAGAUUUCCAAAGGUUUCAUUGCCGUGCUUGAGAAUGAGACUAUUUCAGAAAUCAAUCAACAAAGAAAAUGAAAAAUGUAUCAAUGACGAUGAUGAAGCGUCGUAUGAUUAGUACUUUCAUGAGAACCAAUCGUUAAAACUCCUGGCCUCCUCCCGAUGGGUUCCCUCCUAAAUUUUCUUUGUCUCAUGGAGGGGUGAAAAAGUCUACGUCAGAUCAUUUCCUUUGUCCGUCGUACAGCCAAGUAAAGAUGGAUUCUUUCACAGGCCCUGGGAAAUGUUUCAAUGUUCAAUCCUCAAUCCUCAAUCCUCAAUCCUCAAUACUCCCCUCUAACGAGUAUUUUCUUCGGUCGCUUCUCCUUCAUUUAAUCGAGGAAGAGUACACCCCACCCCUGGACAAAUCAUACGGUACAUCUUUCGUCUUAUUCUACAGAGUAAUAGAUCAACAAAUCAUACCAAGAAAUUCGAUACGAUACACCAUUUUAACAAACCCAAGGCAUGAAACCAUUCCUAAAAUGCCAUGUCUUCUUGUUGAUCAAACUAAGCGCCAAGCUUGCACGGAUGUUUCGGCUGUUGGCUGAUCGUUGAUGUAAUUUUAAGGGGAUCAAUUUGCGGCCCGAGUUCACUACGACUCUCUUGCUUUUUGCCUCCCCUAUCCUUAUCCUAUCCCUUAUCCUUCAUGGGUCAAGCAGCACGGUUCAAGUCGGGUACUACAUCGCUUGGUGGUGGCGUUAAUGUUAGAGAUUAGAUAGAAGGAGGGGUUGGUUCUAUUUGAGGAUUUGAGGUUUUGAGGUGAUUGAAGAUGUGAAGAGGUGAAGAUGUGAAGAGCCUUUUGAGACUACCUUGCCUACCAAUCCUUAAUCUGAUUGGACACGGGGUCUAAUGUAGAAUUUUGGCAAGUCUUGAUAACUGACAUGUGCUCGAAUAGAAAGAACCACAACUAAUUUCAUC